AUGACGCUGGACCUCAACCAUCGAACCGAAAUUCAGGUACGAAAACGAUCACGUACCUGUACGUGAGAGUAUAUAUAAACUACCAUACCUGCAAGGACAGGCUCAGUAAGGAUCAAGGCAAUUGUACUACUGUAUCUCCUCCAGAAACGGAUUGGGCAAGCGAAACGUUCCCGUCCACCAGCGUCGUUCAGAGAGUGGAUGCCAGGGAUGGCAAAACGCAAACGUUCCAGACCGGUCCAUUAUUGUGGGGAAAGAACCAGGGAUUCAUUGCCCCCGACCGUCACGAAGAAAUCGCCGCAUGA